AUGCAAGUGCUUAACUUGAUGAGAGAAUUUGAACUUCAAAGGAUGAAAGAGUCUGACACAAUCAAGGAGUAUUCAGACAAAUUGUUGGGUAUUGCCAACAAGAUAAAAUUAUUGGGAAGUAAUUUUACAGAUUCCAGAAUUGUUGAGAAAAUUUUGGUGACCGUACUAGAAAGGUAUGAAGCAUCUAUUGCUUCUUUGGAAAAUACAAAGGAUAUUUCUAAAAUCACUCUUGUUGAAGUGAUACAUGCCUUACAGGCCCAAGAGCAACGAAGAUUGAUGAGGGAAGAUUAUGCUACUGAAGGUGCUCUUCUAGCCAAGAGCCAACAAGCAAAAAAUUACAAGAAGAAUCAUCCAGCCAGUAGUCAAAGCAGUGCAAAUAAUUACAACAAAGGAAAGGCUGAAAAGAAAAAUUACCCUCCUUGUCAACAUUGUGGCAAAAUGGGUCACCCUCCAUUCAGAUGUUGGAGGAGACCAGAUGCAAAAUGCAUAAAGUGCAAUCAAAUGGGACAUGAAGCAGUCAUAUGCAUGAGCAAAAAUCAAUCACAAGAGGAAGAAGCUAAAGUUGUUGAACAGGAGGAGGAAGAUCAAUUAUUUGUGGCCACCUGUUUUGCAAGCAGUGAAGAAAAUGAAAGUUGGCUAAUUGACAAUGGUUGCACAAACCAUAUGACCUAUGACAAGGAGCUUUUCAAAGAUUUAAAGCCAACCAACAUCACCAAAGUCAAAAUAGGCAACGGUGAUUAUAUUUCAGUCAAAGGAAAGGGAACUGUUGCAAUAACAAGUUGCUCAGGUACAAAGUUAAUUUCUGAUGUACUUUUUGUACCAGAAAUUCAACAGAACUUGUUGAGUGUUGGCCAAUUGAUUGAAAGAGGCUUCAAAGUCUCUUUUGAAGACAAUUUUUGUUUGAUUAGAGAUGCAGCUAGUCAAGAAAUUUUCAAAAUCAAAAUGAAAGGAAAAAGUUUUGCUCUAAAUCCAUUGGAGGAAGAGCAAGCUGCCUUUCUUGUCAAGGAGAACAUAACAUAA